ACCGAAAAAUAAAACCUAGUUUUAAUUUAUCAGCAGCAGCGUGUUUGUUAUAAGCAAAGCUUUAUAUCUCUUUAUGAAGAGGUUACAAGGUAACAAUCGUGUUUUUGUUGUAGCCACCUAUUUAAAAAAUUAGAAUUUCGUCUCACAUCCUAUCUUCCAGUUCCACCGGUGUCGCUUGCCUUGCUUGUGUUAGCCCAGUUCGGUAACCGAUUUAUUUUUGACAGAGUGCUGCUAGUUGUUCGUGGUGGGAUGAGUUAUGGGUACGGAGGUGGAGGAAGAGGUGGAAGAAGAGGCAGAAGAGGAGGUCGCGGCUACAGGGAUGGCAGCAGAGAGAAAAUGGACAGAGGGGUUGAAGACUGGGGACACAGCGGUAGUUCCGACUUUGACCAGGACCGAGGAGGAGGAGAUGGUCAGAAAGACCGUCCUCCUCCACAUCUGAGGGGCCGUGAGAUUGGUCUGUGGUAUGCCCGAUACGGAGCCGUGAGGAGGAAACAAGCAGACCGGAGAUCGCGGGCAGUGGUCCAGAUGGAUGAGGCGAGGGAGGAGCACAUUACCAAGCUGCUUAACUCUGUUCAGAAUGACCAGCCUGGCCCAAGGCGAGAUGGCAGGAAUGCAAGGGCCUCUCAGUCUGACAACUGGCAAACAGAUGCUAAUCAUAGUGGACACUGUUACUUUGAUGGUGAUUUGCCUGAAGAAGAGAAACACAAGGCUGAAGUAAAAUCUGAGGAAGAGGAAGAAGUUAUUCCAGGACAGAAGAAAAAGAGUCACACAUCCAAACGUGACUUAUCUAAAGCAGCAGUUAAAGAUGAGCCACCAGACAACUGGGAUGAAGAUGAUCAAGAGGAGGAAAAGAAGGAGGAGAAACCCCUGAGGAAAGACAAGGAUCUGGAGUUUUUGUUUCAGGAAGUAGUCAGAGACAGUUCAAUGGAUGAGUACUUAAAAAGAGAUCUGCACAGCAAGGAAUCUGAAUCAAAAUACAAAGAAAUGCUUAAUUUCAGGAAAAAACUGCCAUCCUAUGGAAAAAAAGAGGAGCUCGUUGAGCUAAUCAACUCUAAUCGUGUCCUAGUGGUGAGUGGGGAGACUGGGUGCGGAAAGACCACUCAGGUCACUCAGUUCAUCCUCGACAACCACAUCAACAGAGGCGUGGGCUCGACRUGCCGCGUGGUGUGCACGCAGCCCCGUCGCAUCAGUGCCAUUUCGGUAGCAGAGCGUGUAGCUGCAGAGAGAGCAGAAAGUGUGGGGAAUGGAAAUUCUUGUGGGUAYCAAAUCCGCCUGCAGAGCCGAUUACCACGGAGACAAGGUUCAAUCCUGUAUUGUACAACAGGCAUUAUUCUUCAGUGGCUGCGUUCAGAUCCGUUGUUGUCCAGUAUAAGUCACCUGGUGUUGGACGAAAUCCACGAGAGGAACCUUCAGUCAGACGUUUUGCUCGUCAUAGUGARGAAUUUGCUCAAGAUCCGAAAUGACCUCAAAAUUGUCCUCAUGAGCGCCACGCUCAAUGCAGAGAAGUUCUCUAAAUAUUUUGACAACUGUCCAAUGAUCCACAUUCCUGGUUUGACAUUCCCAGUGGAAGAGUUUCUGCUUGAAGACAUUAUUGAUAUGACCAGAUAUCGUCCUCAGAGUGAGGAUCGUCGCUCCGCAUGGAAGAAAAGCUUUUGGCAGGGUCGCAACUCAAGGCCUGAGAAGGAGGAGAAGGAGUUGGAAUACAAAGAGAGCUGGCCCUGUUAUGCACGCACUCUUCAGGGCAGGUACUCUGACAGCACAAUUCAGGCCCUGGAGAUGUUGGACAGUGAUGAGAAGAUUGAUCUGGACCUGAUCCUGGCACUGAUCCGUCAUAUUGUGCUUAACGAGGGGGAAGGUGCUAUCUUGGUCUUCCUGCCAGGUUGGGACAACAUUAGCGGUCUUAAUGACUUGUUAAUGGCUCAGCAGAUGUUCCGAUCAGAUAAUUUUGUUAUCAUCCCGUUGCACUCGCUCAUGCCUACUGUUAAUCAGACACAGGUAUUCAAAAGACCUCCACCUGGCRUCAGAAAGAUCGUGAUUGCUACUAAUAUUGCCGAGACCAGCAUCACCAUAGAUGACGUUGUUUAUGUGAUCGACGGAGGCAAGAUUAAGGAGACCAACUUCGACACAAACAACAACAUCAGCACGAUGACAGCUGAGUGGGUCAGCCUGGCCAAUGCCAAACAGAGGAAAGGACGUGCGGGCAGAGUGCAACCAGGAAAGUGCUACCACCUGUACAAUGGGCUYAGGGCCAGUCUUCUGGAUGCCUAUCAAUUACCUGAAAUUAUGAGGACACCGCUGGAGGAGCUCUGCCUGCAGAUAAAGAUAUUGAAGCUCGGAUCCAUAGGUCGAUUUUUGGAAAAAGCUCUGGACCCUCCCACUGAGAAGGCUGUUGGCCUCGCCAUCAAGAACCUCACAGACCUGAACGCCUUGGACCACACAGAGAACCUGACAGCACUGGGUUUCCACCUGGCCCGUCUGCCUGUGGAGCCCCACAUUGGCAAACUCAUCCUGUUUGGAGCCCUGUUGGGAUGCCUCGACCCAGUACUCACCAUCGCCGCUUCGCUCAGCUUCAAAGACCCUUUCUUCAUCCCCCUGGGCAAAGAAAAGAUAGCAGACAUGAGAAGAAGAGUUCUGUCCAGAAACUCUAAAAGUGAUCAUCUCACUAUUGUCAACGCCUUCAAGGGCUGGGAGGAAGCUAAACGACGUGGUGCCAGGUAUGAGAAGGACUUCUGCUGGGACAACUUCCUGUCUGCCAACACGCUCCAAAUGUUACACAACAUGAAGGGUCAGUUUGCUGAACACCUCAUGCAUGCAGGCUUUGUCAGCAGCAGUGACCCUAAAGACCCCCAAUCCAAUAUCAACUCAGAUAAUGAGAAGUUAAUCAAAGCGGUGAUUGUAGCUGGACUCUACCCUAAAGUGGCCAUGAUCAGACCGUCUUUCAGCAAAAAGAGACCUGGGGUGAAGGUGUACACCCAGRCUGAUGGAAAGGUGUGUAUCCACCCAAAAUCUGUCAACGCUGAAGAGAAGGAGUUCAACUACACGUGGCUCAUUUACCACCUCAAGAUGAGAACAAGCAGUAUCUUCUUGUACGACUGCACAGAGGUGUCUCCGUUCUCACUGCUGUUCUUCGGAGGGGACAUCACCAUCCAGAAAGACCAGGACCAGGAGACCAUCGCAGUCGACCAGUGGAUCGUCUUCAGAUCCCCAGCACGCAUCGCUCACCUUGUUAAGAGUUUAAAAAAAGAGCUGGAUUCACUGUUAGAAGAGAAAAUCAGUAAUCCAGCUCCUGUGGACUGGAACAAUCGUCAGUCCAAAGACUGUGCCGUCAUCACAGCCAUCAUAGACCUCAUCACCACCCAGGAGAAACCUACAGGUGGCAGUAAAAACUAUGACAGGACGUGGGCGUCUGCUCCAAGAGGGAAACACAUGUAUUUCAACGAUGAAGAUGAUGAUGACGACGAUUAGAAGCAGCCAGGCGUCUGAUGGACGUUGCAGAAAAAGCUUUGCAAUGACUGACUGCACCUAGAUUUAUGGUAAACAGAAAGCAUCCCUGAUGGUUCUUGGUUUAAACUUUAGCACUUCCUGGAAGAUGUUGAUGAUAAACAUAAAGGCCAAAGUAAUAAAAAUAAUGUUUUUUUAUGUUUCAGAGA